ACUCCGCGAAAUUAGUAAUGAAGGCGCAAAGACGAGGCAAACUGGCUAAAUCUCGGCCGGUCGAGAGCUCCGAAGAAGAAUCGACCUCCGACGAGAAAUCCGACGACGACCGACCUACUCUCGGCUCCAAACUCAACUUGCUUCGCGAUAGGCGCAAACGAUCGCGUAGAAAGACCGACCAACCGGAUAACCCAGCCCAGCAAGGUAUCGCGCAGUCCUUGAAACGCACGUUUGGCUUUUUUCGGAAAUCGGAAAGAUCGAACGAAGAUGUCGAGACGGCGGUGGUGAUCGAGAGCGCGAAUACUCCAGCGUCGGCUGGCAAGAAAACGAUGGACGUCGUCGUCGACGUGCACGCGGAACACGAAGAGCAGAAGGCGCGAGUCGUCGCGGAGGCUAACGCGUCUGACGAUCAACGGUCGAACAACUCGUCAGCCGAGCACCAAUCGAACCAGAUAGAUUUGAUCGAGCAAAUGAAAACGGGAGACGAGGAGAGGCCGAAAUCAGACUUCGUCGAUACGGAGACGGAGGAGAGCGAUUUGCAGGAAGAGGUCGAGCUGACGAGCGAAAUCCCGCCAACUUCCGGCGGUAGACGGAAGCGCUGGGACAAACCGGAAAUAUCGACUGGCAAUCUUGUCGAGGACUUGGCGAAACCAAAGCGGAGACAGUGGGCAAAAGGUGCUGCGAGCGCCGAAAUACGAAAAGUCAGCGGCAAGAAAAUCGUGGUGCCGAAGAGGUCGUCGACUACAGAGCCGUGUAAAUUAGUCCCGCCGCCAAAACCUUCUAGACUUCCGAAACCGAUCGCAGCGCCAAGAACGAAGAAUGCCAAAAAAGAAGAUAUCGUUCGUGGUUUCGACAACGAUGCAUUAUCAUCUGAUCACGAUGAAAUUUUGAGGAUAGAAACGGUCAGUAAUCAUAGUCCGAGGAUCAAAAUAAGCAGCGUGAGCAGCGAGAAAAUCGAAAAGCCUUCGAUUUUGAGCGAGGAAGUAGAAAAAAUCCCUAUCGAGAAAAAGGAAAGCAUCGAAGAGAUCAAGGAAUACAUACAAGAUACCGCCGAAAAUACAGAAACCUCUGCCACAAAAGAUCCGUCGGUUAGCGGAACGCCGAAUUCUCGCGAGUUCAUGCAGAGAAAAACUUUGAUAAGACGGCGAUCGAGCGACAAAAGGAAAUCCUCCAGUGAUAAGCGAUCAGAAGACGAAGAAGAAGAGGAAGAGGAAUUGGAAACUGUACUCGAUGCGAUGGACAAGAGAUCGAGGUCAUCAGGCUCCAGUAAGGUAGAAAUUAUACCUUCGAGAUUUUUCGAUAGGGGAGAGUCGAGUGACGAAACCACCAUUUCUACAAAUGAAGAAAUGCACUCGCCAGGACGAGAAGUUCCACGACCGAAAUCGCGAUCAAGAUCGAAGUCCAAAUCAUCUCGUUACGAAAAAAGUGAUGAGAAAGAUAGUGAGAGAAGUUCACGAACGAAACGAAAGACCCCGUCCGCUCGAAAUUCACCCGGAGAAUUGUCAACCAGUCGUCGAAGGCUAAAGUCUCGCACGAAAAAGCGUCGCAUAAAAAAAGACAAGCACAAACUUGAAGAAGUGGAGGAAGAAAUCAAAUACACAUCGAUAAUGAUUCAUAGAUCGGAUAUGCUCGAAGCAGACUACAUUACGAGGCAUCCGAUGGUCAAAGUUCAUAUAGUCUACGCUGAUGAUGGUGAUUAUUUGAAAGUGAAGAAUAAAGAUGAUGAUGCGGCGACUAAUUUGCAGCCGAUAAUCUCCGCAAAGUUCGAUUUCAAAGAGAAAAAGUCAAUGGUCCCGGUUUGGGAGGAGCAAUUGAUUUUCAAAAUGGACUUUAACGAAAUUUUAUGCGACGGCAAAGGUUCCGUCGUGGUUUUGUUCGAAAUCGUCGAUUUGUUGAGCUUUAACGAAGCCAAUUUACAUUAUCAUCAGUUUGGCAAAGAAUCUUGCUGGUACAAAGUGGCUUGGGCUUUUCUUAGGCCGAUCGGUGUUAACGGCACUCAACACGUCAACAAAAUCGUUCGACUACAACUUUACAGACCGAAGAAAACUUUCAGACGAGCGAGUAAAACGAAAUGCGAUGUGUACAAAUGGUGGAAAUCCGGCAGCAGAGACAAAUAUCCAUCCAGUCUAUACGUCAGCAUAUCCCCCAUAGACCCGCCGAAACUCGAGCCCGUCUUUUCGGAGCAACUACUUCAACUGCACGAUCUAUCGGAGGUGCACAGUGAUUCUCAGAAUUUACAUCCCGUCGGAAAAUCCGAGGAAGUUCCCGAACCGCCAAAAUGGACCCGACAUGCUGCUCAAUCGUGCCAGAUACCCAACGAGACGUAUUUCGAGACUGAAGCGGGCGAUAGUGGGUGCUUUUACGUAGUUUUCAGUAACGAUGGGAAGUACCUUGCAUGUGCACUCUCAGAUGACUAUGAUUAUCCGAUUUUGGUUUAUAAGAUUGACGAAAUGAAAAUUCACGUGCGAUUCGCUGGUCACAAAAAUUUCAUUUACUCUCUAAGCUGGUCGCACGACGAUCACUUUCUAUUGUCAGUGUCUUCCGAUCAGACUGCGAGAUUUUGGGACGUCAAGGAACAAAUCAUCGAAGACGUUCAGUCAUUGCCACAUCCAUCGUACGUGUACUGUGGCAAGUUUUCUCCGGAGACAUCGAAUUUUGUUCUGACCGGCUGCUACGACCACGUUGCUCGAAUUUGGGCUUAUCAACGUUCGCACAGUUAUGAGCUCGUACAAGAACUCGAGGGUCACAAUGGUUUCGUCAGCUCAGUAUGCAUCCAUUCUCGCGACGAAGUGAUUCUUACUGGCGACGGUCUCGGUGUAAUCAUUAUUUGGACCGCCAAGAAAAGUCGACGAUCGCUUCUCAAACGCGAGUGGCAAUUAACAAGAAAAGUCAAAAUUAAAGAACUAGAUGGUAUACCCAUCAAUACAAUUUUAGUACAUCCGUUAGGGUCAAGAUUGCUCGUGCAUUCCAGAAAUUCCGAACUGACAUUAUUAGACGUGAUCAGCGGAGCUAUGAUAAAGAAAUUCGAAGGUUUAAAAAACAAUCGAAUACAAAUAACUUCGUGUCUCUCUCCCUGCGGUAGUUUACUUUUCUGCGGUGGUGAAAACUCGAUGUUGAACGUGUGGAGUACCGACAGUGGCAAACUCAUGGCUACUUAUGAAAUCAACAGUCACGAAAGAGCUAUUACAUGCGUGGAUUAUCAUCCGUACGAUCACGUGUUAGCUUUUGCUGUUUACGGCGCGCCGAUUCCUGCGAAGGUAUUGAAGUACGAUCGAGAUGUCGACGGCGUGAAAGUGGGAUUGAAGUUAUUAGCGAUGACGACGAAUAUGAUGUCGGUGAGCUCAUCGGCAAGAUUUGGUAAAGAUCCAGAGACGAUUGUGAGAAACGGUGUAAGGAAUUUCGAGUUGUCAGCAAUGAGUUUGAUGCAUCCAUCGACUAUCGUGUCGAUCGACCAUUUGCCUAGCGAGUUCAAAGAUGAGGACGAGGCGAGAAAGAAUCUCAGGGGUAAACUGCAGAGAUUCAUGGAAUCUGGACCGAAUCUCAAAGUUAAAAGUUUAACCAGGCUGAAUGGAAUUAUCGAGAAAAUCGACAGGAUCCUGAUGUAUGCUACCAGUCAGAAAUCACAAGAUUUGGAUGUGGAAUCAGCGAGAAACUCAGUGUUCACCGUCGAAGAAAAACAUCCGAGGAGUCGAAUGGAGAUGUUUGAAUUGCAGGAGUUACCAGUCGAAAAUGUCCAGAAGAAGAGAAAGAAGAAACAUCGACAGAGGUCGAGAAGCGCCAGAAAUGCCUUGUCUCCAACACCCAACGAUUUCGAGUUUUCUAAAGCUUUCUCCGAUAGCGCGGCAUUCACGCGAAAAGUGUCGAAAUUCAGCGAUGAUUCUUCUACCUCGAACCGAUCGGUCGUGCGUGGAAAUUUCACUGCUGAGAGACUCGAUUUAAAAGACAUUGGCUAUAAUGACACAGAGUCAGGUUUUAAGGAUUCACUCGAUACAAUUGUCGAUGGAAAAGAGGAAUAUCCGAGUGAGGAAGUCUUGGAGGAUGUGGAAUCGUUAAAAAGCGACGAUACUUAUAUUGUAAAAAAAUCAUCUGAUGGUUCGGAUAGAAGUAACGCAACAUUUAUCAUUGAGAGUGAACUGCCGGUGCCAAUGUCAAGAAAGAAAAUCGGCAGGAUUCAAGUCACUUAACGUGUUCACAUAAUAUGCAUAAGUAACUUGUAAAAAUAAGUAAUAAUAACUUUUAAUUGUAUUGUAGAUAUAUAACUAACGUAGAAAAUGUAGAAUUCCAAGUUUUAUAUUUAACAAUGGCGUUUCUAUCGAUUCAUACAAUGCAUUGAUAACUUAUAUAAAAUAUUAA